CCUCGUCGUCGCGUUCUUAAAGGGAGGUUAUCCUCCCCCUCCCUCCCCCCGCCUUGACACGCCUGGGUCACGCUUGAUCGGCCCUUGGUCCAAGAAGACUGACGGGAUUACCCUCCAUGCAAUCGUCCUCUGAACCAACGAACGCAUGAUGCCCAGUCCAGUCGUCCACGCUGACCAUUGCGACACUACAAGCGCCGAGCCUCUCGAUAGUCUCGUCUCGAAUGCGUAGACGUGGUUUUGCGGGAGGGGGAAGCCUACUUCUCAUCCUAUCAAUGGUCGGCUGCUCGAGAUCGUCGUCCAAACCAGGGACUCGCUCGGCCGUCCGAAAGCCCCAGCCCAGAAGGUUUCUCCACUGCUCACCUAGUUCGCUCCAGUUUUGGGUCUGGAUCUUUCUAUCAUUGGCUGCCAGACUCUCGCAACGACUGAAUAUGGCAUCACUGCACCCAUGACUUAUUGAAACCGUCCAAGAACUGAGGGGCCAUGGAUGGACUCUGAUGUCCUAGCCGGCAGACGGGGUUGGGAUACCAUCCCGACAGACAGAUCUAGGCAAGCUGGACGUCCGGACACUAUUCAGCCCGGCUGGCACUCUCCAAAUUCUGAUUCAACGAGACAUAAACAUCUCGACGGUGACAUUGAGAACGCCUCCUCGCCAUUGACCAAUAACAAGGAGACGGACAGCUGGCCCGGCCUACUUUCGCGACCUAGCUAGAUAGCCGACGUGCUUCCGAUUCGCCGCCGACAAGGUCGACGAACAAGUGACCCAUCCACAUCGCUUGACCGAAGACCCCCCAAACCCUCGUGGUUGGCCGCUCGAAUAGGCCCGCAUUGGCCCACAGACGAGACCGGACGCCCGGCAUGACGCGAUGAGACUUAUCUCCACGACGUCUUGCCACCAGCUAUACGACCUCACUCGUCUUGCAUUUUCCAAUGAUGCGGAUGGGCGCCACCUGCUGCUACGGGCGCUUCUGAUCUGGCUCCAUGUCUGAUGUGAGAGGCUGCAGUCUCCAUUCGAUCCACGUUUCACGUCCAAAGGGAUCUGCACGAGAGUCCUGGCUAAACUCGGCGGCGCUCCUUGGUCUAGGAGCUUUGGUGUAGGCCAUGGGUUGCCUGGCUCUUGUCUGCUGUCCUUGCGAUACCAGUCACCGAGAUACAAAGUUCAACAAAGGAGCCUCGCAUACGACCAAAGCACAUUGAAAAGAUUGACCCUAUCAACGAUAACGCCGACCAUGUACUUCGAUGUGAACGUUCUCCCUAGUAUUCGAUCUGACGAACGCCACAAGAGUGCCAAUACGGGUGUCUUCGCAGCCAACAGCUUGGGAGGGAGGGCUCUUACCUGUUCUGCUAUCUCGUUGUGGCUAGGAUAGCUAGGACCCUGGACCUACUAGCCCGUGAUUCCGCAACUGAACACGGAUUGGGCAAAAUGGAGAGACCCAAUGCAUCCCAAACGUGCCGUUCACGAGGGACUACGUAACAAUAUAUACUUCUGUUGUUCUUUAGUCCUGGACUUGCUGCCUUUCGACAGAUGGGCAUGUUUUUAUGCGAGGGCCUUUCCAGCACAGAGCUCCAG